AUGAUGCUGAUUUUGACACUGAUCUGGAAGAAGAAACAAAAUUCUAAGGUAGAGAGACUUGAUUUAACAGAUAAUGGUUUAGAUGGCGAUCAAGUGGCAUAUUUCUUCGAAAUUCUAAAAUCUAACAUCUACAUAACGCAUCUGAAUGUAAGUAACAAUCGAGUGAAUGAAGCGGCCGCCAUUCUUGUAGCUGACAUGUUGGCUGUCAAUACUUGGUUAACACAUCUAUCACUAGCAGAUGUCCAAACGUCUCUUAAGUCUUUAAAUUUAAGUUGGAAUCAUAUCCGUGCUGCUGGUGGUGUUGCCAUUGCUAAGAGUUUGCAGAAGAACACUUGUCUCAUAGAAUUAGACUUAUCGUGGAAUGGUUUAGCAUUUGAAGGUAGUUUAGCUCUGGGUGAAUCAAUCAAAGAAAAUAGAUCUCUGAGAAAGUUGAAUAUCAACAAUAACCGAAUCAACUGGGACUGUGUCCCGUAUAUUGGCCGGGGAUUGAAAGGAAACAGAACCCUUAAUAUACUUGAGAUUGGCUAUAAUCCACUGUCUCUAGAAGGCUGUGCUGAGCUGUUGGAGUUCAUUUCCCACACCAGGUCUGGUAUUCAAGUUCUGAGUUUAGCUGCCAUUCCUAUCAAUUCAAAGAUCGCAUAUCUAGCAGCCAAAAUAUCACAUUACCGGAAGUUUGUUCUUCAUCAUGGUGGUCUGUUAGCUACUGGUGACGUCCUUGGCAUUCAAAGAGCUCAUAAAGAAGACCCUCUGUCACAACUUGUGACUCAUUUGAACUCUAUGGGAAUUCGUGUGGUCGAUCUGUUCAGGAUGUUUGAUACUGAAGAUAAACUAUAUGUGUCAAAGGAUAAAUUUAUACAUGGACUGAAGCGUAUUGGUGUUCCUUUAGAUGAUGACGACAUGCAAGCAAUAGCCAAUCGGCUGGAACACGACGGACAGAUAAGCUUUAAAGCAUUGACUGCUGCAGUACGUCACCAUAUACGAGAAGGACAUCGGGAAGAUCAUCGACAGGAAAUGAUGGAAAAGCGUAAACGUGAUGAAAGAAAACGAAUCUUGCAAUCUGACGUAACUGUAAACGCACACACGACUGUUGCAUUUUCUCCAAGUGUAUAUAAUUUAUACGGAUCAGCUUCAUAUGGUCGUCAAGGUGACAUGGGUUUGCAAUCGCCAUCUUCCACUGGUAUGAAUCUGCUAAGUCGGCAAAGCUCCAUAAACAAUUUAUUCAGAAAUGUCCCACAGUCUGCGUCUACAGUUCGCUUACUGCCUAGAAUUAAUAGUUCAAAAAGUACGACGUAUGAGAACGAGACAGACCAAUUAAAGUCAAGAUCGAACGCAACCGGAAAUACAAGAUCAGGAAAAACUAGAAGCAAGCGUCAUCCUUUUGGAAGUGGAAAAAUGACGGUGAAUUCCGAAUCACUUGACGAAAGUUAAUAUUUAGAUUACGUUGAAAUAAAGUGUGAAGAAAAGGCGGAACUGUACAGACAAACUGGAAAUAUACAUUGCCUAAUUGCAUUCAAUAACUUGCUAAUACACUAUGUCAAUGUUAUCAAUAAUAUAUCCCGUCCAAAACGUGAUUUCUGUAAUCUGAACCAAAUCACCUAACAUUGAAGCAAGGUCGCUCUCGUGGUCGCGGACACAAUAAUUUGGUGAUAUUAAUUGCUAAAUUUCGUGAGCUAUUAUAGUCGCUUCUCACCUUUUGAAUAAAAGUUACCCAUUAAUAUUCCACAAUUCGAUUUUUGCGUGUCGUCACUAUUCGUGCCUCGUACACGACACUCGUGACACAACCAAUGGAACGCUGAUUUCUAAAAGGAAAUGAAAUGAAAUGGGGUUUAACGUCCUACUGUUUUGCUCCAAACUGGGCUAAUGAAGACGGGAAAUAUAUCUAGUCCAUAUGUAUGGCUAUUGAAGACCUCUUUAUUCAGUGUUCUUAAUUCGUAGUUUUUUUCGUAGUCUUUAAUUCUCAUUCGAACAACAAAUUUCCAAAUACCAAUCUUGCAAAACAUUUCUCCAAAAAUAUUUCUCUAAAUUCAUGGAACCGGAACAUUAUGACGAUAGAAGAUGCGAGUGGUGAGCCGAAGUCAACCUGGCAUACAAUAAGUCAUCACUUUGAAUAAAGAGCUGUUUUGUCUCCCAUAUACUAGCUUAAGUGUGACUAACUCUAACAACAGGCCCAACUUUAGCCGUAGUUGUUCAAGCGCCUAUAUGAAUUCUGCAACCGAAGAAGUAAAAUCGCCAGUUUUAUUCCUCUACUGAUCACAAAUUAAUGUUAUUUGAUUUUAAAAACCGUUCAAAUAAUUAUAUCACCGUUACACCAUAACAUCUCUCAACUCUAG